AUGGCGGUGACACUUUUUAACCAGACCUGUUGGAAUUGUUCAAACAUUCUUCCCUAUUUGAAAACAACUGCAACGACAAAAGGUUACACUAACAUCAGUGAAUUCUUAACGAGAGAUUCAGCGGUCAUUCUCUCGAUAAUCAGCUCUUUGGCGUGUAUGAUAGGAUGCCUUGGAAACUCUUUGGUCAUGCUCGUCGUACAACGAAAUAAAACUUUUCGCACGAUACCCGACCUUUUCAUCACAAGCUUGGCUGUCUCCGACUUCUUCGUGUGCGCACUUUAUUUACCGUUGCGUAUUUACUACUUCUUUCAUACCAUCAGCGAAAGUGAGGGCAAAUCCAAAGCUUUCGACUACGCCAUGAGUUUCCUUGGGCAUACUUCCAUGGUAGCUUCCGCUUCAAACAUGUUUGCGGUCACAAUUGAUCGCAUCAUUGCAAUCAGAUUCCCAUUCAAGUACGUUUUCAUGACAGCCAAACAUGCUGUAGUUCAAAUACUGCUUGUGUGGAUAGUCUCUCUUGCAUUCGGUGUCUUGUACGCUCCUCUCUUGGUGUCCAAUAUGUACAUCGCCCUUUAUUGUUCAGUUCUUCUGAUAACAACAAUGCUCAUGUACAUCUACAUUUUCAUCAUUGCAAAACGAGCAGAAAACAGGAUACAGAACGCUCAGUCAACAUUGGAAAGGACUGUGUCUGAGAAAAAAGUAGCCAAAACCGUUUUCACAGUCGUGGGGGCCUAUAAUUUGUGUUGGCUGCCUAUGCUUCUUCUCCCAGCAAUUGCCAACCCUUCAACGAACCCAGUUCAGUUUGGUAAAGGAUUUUUUUGGGCUCAAACCCUUCUGGUCUGCAAUUCAGCAAUUAAUCCUUACAUUUACUGUAUGAGAAGCAAGAAAUAUCGUGCGGCAUUUGGUAAAAUACUGCACAUUCAGCUUUGCAUUGGUCAUGAAUAAUGGAUGUAAUAACAAAACGUACAAAAUUAAUCAUAACUUUAAGUCAACUACUUCACCAUCUAUCUGCCAUCAGAGAUGAGUGGAUAUUUCUUGCUUGAACAAAAUGAUGAAAAAUAGAUCUUAAAAAAUAGCCUACGCCACAUGUACAGGCAAAGCGUAAGAGCUUUUCAGCAAAGCGAAUAAGAGUAUUUUCUUCAUUAAUAGGAGGGUCUCAAUGGGGUUAGCCGUAAAACAGCCAAAACGUGUAGUCUUUAGGCGUAAAACUUGAUAAACUUAGUCGUAAAAAAGUUAACCGUUAAAAAUUUUCAUGCCUUCAAUGCAAUUUUGGGUGAAUUGUUAGCUGUAAAAAUGGCCACAAUUUUGAACCGUUAGCGGCUGGCUCUUCCUGUAAACAAGAUCAUGUCACAGCUGAUAAAUUAAUUGUAAACCAAGCGGAAUUAUAAUUUUGAAACAGCAGUGCAAUUAACUGGUUGAAAUUUAUUCAGCAACAAGGUCAUAUGAUUAAAAAGCGUGAAGUUGGGAAAAAUCUAAGGGAGAUCUUCCGAGACCGCCCCCGAGAGCUGUUUAACGAGAUUCCCCAUAACACAAAUAUAAUUCUAGCGAUUCAGCCAUGCCAAUCCCAUAUUUUAAAUCGCACUCGUUUGUUCAAUACGCUUGAGAGAAUCUUUCGACGGCAAAAGGGAAUGUUUGGUUUUUGAGAGCUUUGAUUAUAGCCGGUCAGAGUUGGUAAUUGAAACGAGGUCUAAUUUAGGUCACGGUUUUUGACGAUUAAUGGACUUCUUAAGUUCCUCAUAAGUGAGGUUUUUGAAGUAAUAGGAUAUUUCUUUCAGCGCUAAUUGAAAUAGAAGCCCUUUUAAAAAUUUCGCAUAAACUUAACGUUUAGGUUAUAUUUUCCGCUUCAUCUAAGAUUGUUUAGAGCACGGUUUGGGUGAAUAUGGGAAAAAAAAUUUUUAAUAACCGGCCUUUAGGGUUUAGGAAAAAUAUAUCCAACCACCAUAAAAAAAAAGUUCAAAAACUGUGAAAAUUCCAUGUUUAAGAUGCAUUUGUAUCAAAAUGUAAAUGUAGAACACUUAAAGUAGUUAAGUGAGGUAAAACAGAGAUUAAUGAUUCUGAAAGAGAUCAAAAGCCCAAAUGUAAUUAUAGAAAGCCGAACUGUUUAAAGUUCGGCGUCAUCCUCUCAAUAUAAACUAA